UUCGGUUUAGCUUACACUUUAUGAGUAUAAUUACAAAAAAAAAAUGCAGAUAAGUUGUUGAUCGGAUUUUCCCAAGUUAUUUUCCUUGUUCUUUCGAAUUUAUUUCCUUGUUAAAUGUUGUUACUAGAGUAUCAUUAGCGAAUACUCAUACGUGGCAGUGAAACUGUUUCUGUUUGAGUGUUAAAUGGUAAAUAAAAGUUAAGUUUCGGUGUUACAAAAAUGUAUAAGAACGUCGAACUACGUAAAUUACCUGUAGGGUCGCUUGUGACCAUCGCAGCGAUCCUGGAAACCAACAAUGAUUGGAAAAAGGUCAUGUCUCUCAUCCCAAGGAACCCUCUCAGUGAAGACCGUGAGCCAAAAUACAAUCUUGAACAUAUAAAGCAAAUUGAAGAUUAUGCUCGCUCUACCAACAAGAAGUGUGCGGAGGUGCUAUUUGAAGAGUGGGGCACGUCCGGCAGGAUACGUCCAACUCUCAGCACUCUGAAAGAUGUCAUUCAAAAGGCUGAGGUGUACCGAGCUGCUGAUGAACUAGCCGCUAUGCUUGAAGAGUCCCCACCACCAAGACCGCACGAUGGGCCCGCUGCUGCUAUUGACACAAAUAUCACCCUCUUAAUGGAAAUGAGUUCCGACUACAAAAUGAAUGGCACCACUGCUCAGAUUAAAUCUGCAAACAACAAUGGUAAUCCCCAGUCUAUGGGCAACAAAACUACCAAAGAAAUGAAAUCCGACUCCGACUUAAUUGAAUUCAGUGAUCCAUCUAAUCCGUCUCUAAACCUGCCUGACUUCAGUGUUUUGGGUAUUAAAAGUGAGAAACAGAUCGAAGCUGAAGGCUACCAGACAUCACUACCUAACAUUGAUUUCAGCAGUAACAACAGUGGCAUAGACACUGAAAUUCUUACAGACGAGAAGCUCAUCCACUUUGAGUACAGAGAGCUGGAGAGAAUCACGAAAAGGUUCGCAGAUCGUCUUAUGUACACCCCUGAUGCGCAGGGUCAAGGGAAAUUAUCUGGAAAAGUUGGCAGUGGGGGCUUUGGAGACGUGUUCGUUGGAUUCCAUGUGAAACAUGGACAUCUGGCUAUCAAAAAAGCGCGUACUCACGUAACUUUCGAUAGGAAACCAGAAAUAGCAUUAAAAGUCUUCAACUCAGAAGUGAAAUUCCUUUCCCAGUUUCGCCACAAAAACAUAGUGCCAAUUAUUGGCUACUCAAGAGAUGGCCCAGCGCUCUGUAUCGUUUGCGAAUACAUUGACGGCGGCUCAUUAGAGCAUAAGUUAGCUGCUAAAAUAUUAACUGAGAAGCAAAGACUAAAUAUUCUACUCGGGACUGCGGAAGGGUUGAAAUAUCUCCAUGGAACUGAGACCCCGGCGGAAAAGGACAAGAGCCAGGCUUACAAACUGAUAGACUCAAAUCAGAGUUCGAAAAAGCACAAUUUUGUUCACGGUGAUGUUAAAACCGCCAACAUUCUGCUUACGAGGGAUUGUGUGCCAAAGCUCUGCGAUUUUGGCUUGGCGAAGCAAUACGACAAUACAACCAUCGAAUCGGCUCCAAUGGGCACGUUGGCUUACAUGGCCCCUGAAGGGUUCGGCGGUACUAUUACCCAGAAAAUCGACAUUUACAGUUUUGGUAUUGUCUUGCUGGAGGUUCUGACGGGAUUGAAGCCUCUCGUUUAUUUACAUAACGGUGAGAAGAUGAACAUAAAACACUAUGUAGACGAAAGUUGUCCUAACAACGAGAUGACGCAUCUGUUGGAUCCCUUUAUUGAUAAGUGGACGAAGGGUAAAGAACUGUACACGCUAGCCAGGAGAUGUCUGGAGCGCGACAGAAAGAGCAGACCAACGUCAAGGGAAAUAUGUGACGUUUUGUACCAAGUCUGUGGUAUCGAAAAACCUGAAACUGAUGCUUCGACCGGAUGAUUGGAAUAAGAUUAUUAAAAUCCUGUGGUGCUUUCUAAGCACUACUAAAACCGUGACAGUGUUGUGUUAGGUAUUACAACCGACUUUUGAUUCGCAAAAUGGAAUUGAAUUGUCCAAAAAAUAUGGUAAUUUAGAGGUACCCUAAAGCCUGGAAGUAUUAGCUACAGUAUGUGCAAUAUUAUUUAAACACAGAACUAAACUGAUGAGAAGGAUUUACAUAUUUUCCUUCCUUUAGAAUGUUUAAUUACCUUCACCUACAAGCUCUUAACAAUUUAGCCAAAUUAUGCAUGUCACUAUAAAAUCAAUGAUUAUAAAAUCGAUUAAUAAAUAAGUAAUUGACAUUGACUAUGAUUGAUUAUUAAAUCAGCAGAAUCAGCAUUUGUUGUAUUUGAAAAAAGAAUGUUGUAAUUUUUGGUGCUUUUAAAAUUAUUUCUUAUAGUUAUUAUUAUAAUAAAAAAAAAGUAUUUACUUCAAAGAACAUUUAUUUUGUGAUAUUUUAAAUUAAUAAACUAUAUUUUAUUUAAA